GCCCUCUUGGUCUACUACGACCCACUUACGCCGCGGAACCGGGAGCCCUCAGAACCCUCGACCAGACGCAUAUUACAAUGGGCAACGUUGUCCGGAGGAUUGUCGGGGUGGAUUGCAUCGGCAGGUGUUUUGGAAGACACUAUAAAGUGUACGAUCAGCCGGAUGAGCUAGGUAAAUGUAGCCUUUCAACGCAUCAAAUCAUGAGGGAGAAAUGUGAAUCAGCACCAUUUUGGUCAGGUUUUCUUUCCUCUUCGCACAGGCGCAACCGCAUCGCGGAAUAUAUUACUUGGGCCCUUAACCGGAGUCGCUCUCCAUUGCUUAUGGACGACGCUCUCGCCACACCCUCCGCGGAAUUCAACUCGGGUGAUUUCACAGGAAUCAAUUCCGCCAGCUGGAUCAGUGAAGGAACCGCGAGCGAUGCCUCUCAUGCACUUUAUCGAGAGAUGGACCCUUACAAUUAUCGAUCGAUGUAUGGCAGCUUGAUACGCUCCCCAAGCUCAUCCUCCGUAGGCGACGGCGUUGAGUCGGCCAAAACUGGCAGCUGGGUUGCCGUGACGAGGCUUUCUGGCUCAAGGAAUCAAACCACGACGUCCGCCGUCUUCCUCCCACAUCCCUUGUUGCCAUCUGUCGAAUCGACAGUACCCGCAUGUGAAGAGGAGGUUGAUGGCUUGGAGUUGGCGCGGUUGUCCCGCUCACUGUGGCCUAAGGGGAAGUCGAAGCAAUCGAAACCAAGGGCAACAACUACCCGAACUCACACGGUGGGCAUGGUGACCACCAGUCCACAAAGCGCAACGCGAGUUUCUCAUCCUCUUCGUAGCAAUUUCUAUGGAGAUCCACCGAUGACCUCCGUCACCACUGCUACUCGGCCCACUAUGCUGAACUUGCGUUCCACAACCAAGCCUGCAUUCCCUGCAAAUGAUCCCUUACAGUCGCGAGGCGAUCCUUCCACUCUAGAAUCUCCGGUCGAGUUGUUCUGGGAUCAUGAGCCAGGUGCUAUGUCCCCAACUCCAAGAACGGUAAUCUCACCAAGGAAAAGACCUUCCCCUGACCAUGUGCGCACGACAUAUGCCAUUGACGAUUUGGAUAAUUCACCGAUCGGAUCCACUCCUGUCAAUUUGUAUCCCAUCCGGCCACGGAGGCGAACACACAAUCUGGCACCAUCAUCCAUCAACCUGGGGGAUAAUGGGACGCCGCACAUUACCUCUAAUACCAACGGCAGCGACAGUUACUCGCACAAGUUCAUCGGUCAGUCCAAGCGUUGGUCUUACUCCGACAGACUAACCUCCUUCAUCACUCGGCCUCACCUAUUGGGCUCAAAGACUUCGGUGCCAUACACAAAUUUACUGUUCUCCCCAGGGGAUGACUCACCAUCUCAUCCCUCACAAGAUCUCGUCGACUCUGGUUUUGUCGGCUUGACGACCAGUAGUUGCGCUGAGACCACAUCGGACGACGGCCUCUGUCCCAUGUCCGACUUUUUGUGGGAACACGAACUGAUCGAAGAGCCUGCUGUCAGGCGUCCUCGUCUGAAAGGUAUCGUUCAUUUAUAACUCUUGCUCUCCCGGAUUCUUCUGAUUGACUGCCUCUCCUUGGGGCAACUGGUUCCCAGCGUUCACCACCUCGCUUUUAGCCGUAUUAUCGAAUCUACUGCUCAGACAUCUGCCGACUGCAUUUAUUCACCUCCCAGUCCUGUGUAUUAUUGUUUUCAUAUUUUGAGUAGGUUAUUUUUCCUCAUUCAACACAUCUCAUGCCAACACCUUUGACCGAUUCGCUCGAAUAACACCCCCUCCCAGUGUGUUGUCUGUAACCAACACACGUGAUUUUUGUCCGCCACUUGGCCACCAGCGCCAUUGUUUCAUAACUCAUUUGUACUCUUCCUUGCCCGUAUAUGCUUAGACACUUCACUGAGCGAUACUUAUUGCAUUUCCGUCGUCUGAUUUACCUCAUCGCGCUUAUGAGAUUAUUACUUUUUAUUUCUUUCUUGUCCAAAUACAUUGACCUUGUACCA